AUGGAACUUAAUAAUAUUGAAGACAAUGCUAAUAUUAGUGAUUCUGCUCAAACUAAUAAUACAGUUGGUAUAGAAACAAGUAAAAGAAAGAAAAGAAGAGUUUUAGCUGAAGAUAAAACAGAUAUAUGGCGUUAUUUUAAUAAACUUGAUUCACCAAAACCUAAACACAAAAAAGGUUCUUGUAAUGUAGUAAUUAAAACAAGCAAAGAUGUAAAAAUAUGUGGACAUAUAAUUAAUACAGAUAGAUCAACUGGUAAUUUUUGGUCUCAUUUAGAAGCUCAUCAUAAUAUAUUUAGAUUUGAAAAAGAAAGUAAUAAUAAUCCUAUUCAAACAAAAAUUAAUGCAAUGUUUCAAAAACAGUGGGCAAAAAAUCCUAAGC